CUGUAUUUUAAUAACUAGUCAAAGCCUUGCCGAAAAAUUGUAUUUUGUUAUUCAAAAUUAGGGAAGAAGGAAAAAAUUCAAAAAUGGCCCUGCAUUUUAGCGCGCAGCAGUUUGAGGGCCGAUUCCAGUCGAAGCGCCUCGACAAUUGGGAGUAUCCGCGAUUUGCCGCCCCCCGCCCACGAGGACUCAAGAAAAACGCCAAGGUCCUGGCAUCCAAAAACGGACAUCUGCUGCCAGGAGUUAAGAAGGAGGGCAACUCCUUCGGACAAUAUCGAGGGACCUACGAACUUCCGCUGCGGAUAACGCGCAGCUUUUGCGCCCACUACGAUGCCUGCUUGAGUGGGCGGUACAAGUUCGCGGGGUUUCCGCGUGACCUUUGCAGCUGCCAGCGGGAGAACCGGAGGGCCCUGGCCUGCGACCAGCGGAUGACCUUGGGCCAGGAGGGGGAUCCCCACUGGAUGCGCCAGAAGUGCCAGACCAAGUGCGAGGGCCUCCAGCAGAUCCAGGAGCUGCACGAUCUCAGCCAGCGCUGCAAGCGCGCCAAGUGCAAAGUGGUGAGCGAGAAGACCGUGAGGAUGCCACCCAAGGCAUUCAAGGUGGCCUGUGUGGCCACCGAAAAGAGGCGGCGAAAACGCACCAUCACCGCUUUCCCUAAAACACGACCUGCGAUGCAUGCCAACGAAUCCGCGGCCUCCUAUGAAAGUCGCCAUAAGCCGAAUCCUCCUCCUGAAAAAGCGAAUAAGGAUAAGAAGAAGGACACAGUGAAGGAAAAGGAAAAGGAUAAGGGCAAGGAUAAGGAUAAGGCCAAGGAAAAGGGCAAAGAGAAGGAGCAGAAGGCAUCGAAGGGCCACUCGUAACAUUUGGCAAACUCAUUUGAAGUCUAUUAAAUAUCCAAUUAAAUUUAUUUAUCAUAUUUUA